AGUAAGUAAAUAAAAAAAUAGGUAAACAGAUAACUUGUAUGUUUUGGUACUUUUUAGUGUGGUGUUGGUUUCCCAUAUAUUGUUAGAUACCAAUAAACACUUCAUUCUUGGUAGUUCAAAAGAACUGAAAAAUGGCAAGUAAUAACAACAAACGUUCAAAUAAUUUUAGCAAAAAUGAGGAAAGAAUAUUAUUAGAUAUUGUAUACAAGCACAAGGAAAUAAUAGAAUGUAAGAAAACAGAUACGGUAAUGAACCGAAAAAAAGUAGAAAUAUGGGUAGGCAUUACAAAAGAAUUUAAUGCUGUAUCUGGAGAAACAUUUAGGGAUGCAAAGACAUUAAAAAACAAAUAUGAGAAUUUGAAGAAACGCACAAAACAUAAGGCAGCUGAAGAAAGACAAGCACUCUUGCGUACUGGUGGGGGGCCUUACAUUGAAAGUAAAAUGGAUUCAACAGAAACAAAAAUUUUAGAUUUACUUGGUGUCCGAGCUAAAGGAAUGCAAAGUGAAUUUGGAGAUGAUACUAUAAGUUUUCCCAUUCCCCAAGAAACAGUGUCAGCGAGAGAUAUCAGUGCUACUGGUGACGAUACUUCAACAGUGAUCUUACUGGAAACGGAGCAAGAUAUUCCUGAAACUUUUACAAUAGAUGGUCCCUCCACAUCAAGUGAAAAUAAUCGUGAAGAUGGCAAGUUAUAUUCCUGAAAUAAUGAUAGAUUAAAUACCUACUUAAUAAUUUUAUUUGCAGUUAAUGAAACGAAUGAGAAUAAUUGGGCCAAAUAUACACCAGAUAUGCUAAGCCAACCGAAAUCUAAACCCCUACAAAUACAUAAUACACCAAAAAAAAACACAUUAGGGGUUAAACUUGAGAAGUGGGCAGCUUCAAAAUCAGAUUUUGAAAAUUUGAAAAUGAGGUGUUGUCAGGAAGAGCAUGAUUUAAAAAUGCAACACCUACGGGAAAUACAUGCUAAACAGAUGGAGGUUUUAAGUAUAGAAAGUGAACAGCGUAUGGUUAGAGAGAAAGAAAAGCACGACAUAGAAAUAGAAAUAUUAAAAAAUAAAUUACAGUAUAAUUAAAAUU